AUGUUCUCUUGUUUCUGGCAUUCAAGUGGCGCUGACCACAAAAAAGCUAAGAGUGGUCGCCUUGGCCACAUUUGGAGAUGUUGGAUACGCCCUCUGACACACUGCUGGCUCGUAUCCCCCAGGGAUCCUGAGGUCUGUCCUCAGAAUAAAAAGAAGACAGACUCUCUGCCCAAGCCCCCCAGGUUCAACUAUAGAACCACAGAAUAUAUUGAACAAAUGGUAGCGUAUUUACCAACUGCAGUUCGGUACAACGACCACCUCUCGAUCAGCAUUUUUCUUACUGUUUACCACAAGUAUGUUACCACCUGGGAGGUGCUGGACCUGAUAAUGACAAUGUAUGCAUCCUUCCAGCCUGACUCACUGGAGGACCAGCAAACAAAGAGCGACAUAUUCAGUUUUCUAUCCCGCUGGUUUGAGAAAUUUCCUGAUAGUUUUAGUAAGGACCCAGACAUGGCAGUCGUCAGGCGAUUAAUGACCUACGUGAAGCUCAAUGUGCCUUCUGAAGAAGGACAUGCCCGAGCCACGGAGCUGCUCUCAGUUCUGGAGGAGGAGGAGGCCAAAAAGCUAAAGCUUGAGAAAGCUUGUGCAACAUCAGCAGAGCCCCCAGUGCAGGAUGCCUCAGUGAUGCAAGAGAGUCUGACGGUGAGGCCAGCUUCUGAGGCAGAGCCACAGGGAGACCUGCCACCCCGAGAGGACACUGCGCUCUUGGAAACAACACCUCUGGAACCAUUUGAGCCAGAAGUUGGUCCAGUGCAGCUUCCAAGUUCAGAUCCAGCUCUGCCCACAUCACCUGAUACACAGUCACCUAUAGAUGUAUCUGCAGAUGGGUCUGCAAAUAUGGCCUCAGAUAUGGCCUCAGAUAUGGCCGCAGAUGUGUCUGCAGAUGUGUCUGCAGAUGUGUCUGCAGAUAUGGCCGCAGAUAUGGCCGCAGAUGUGUCUGCAGAUGUAUCUGCAGAUGGGUCUGCAGAUAUGGCCUCAGAUAUGGCCGCAGAUGUGUCUGAAGUUGUGUCUACAGAUGUGUCUGCAGUUGUGUCUGCAGAUAUGGCUGCAGAUGUGUCUGCAGACAUGGGUGCCAAUGUUUCAGCUUCUGGGCACCUAUUUCUACAUUCUGUUGUGCAAUUAGUGGUACAAUCUACUUGUCUACCUGUAGACUGCAUCUCUGAGACAAACAGGUCAAUCACAGGAAGGGAGCCCUGGCAGGCCACCUGGAUAUAG